AUGUGGCUGUCACGCCUCGUCGUGUUCCUGGUCGGCUCGGCCACGGCUCACGCCCUGCCCACCGUGACUGCGUACGGGAACAAGUUCUUCACCAGCGAGGGCAAGCAGUUUUUCAUGAGAGGCAAGCACGCUCCUCCCAUCCAACUGCUGACCGAGGGCGACCCGCUCGCCGACCCGGAGCAGUGCCGGUUGGACGCGCAGCUCAUGCAGACGCUGGGCGCCAACGUGAUACGCGUCUACCACGUCGACGCGGCCGCCGACCACCGCGGCUGCAUGGACGCCUUCGCCGCCGCUGGCAUCUACACCCUCAUCGACCUCGACACCUUCUCGACCUACCUCCUGACCGCCGCCGGCCCCGCGUGGACGACGGCGCAGCACCGGAGCUACGCGGCCGUCCUGGAUGCCUUUGCGGGCUUCGACAACGCCCUCGGCUUCUUCGUCGGCAACGAGGUCAUCUCCACGACGGCACACUCGCCCGCCGCGCCCUACAUCAAGGCCGCCGCGCGCGACAUGAAGGCCUACCGCGACUCCAAGGGGUACCGCAAGUUCCCCAUCGGCUACUCGGCCGCAGACAUCGCCGAGCUGCGGCCCAUGCUGCAGGACUACCUCACGUGCGGCGGCGACCCGGCCCUGACGGUCGACUUCUUCGCCCUCAACUCUUACUCGUGGUGCGACCCGUCAAACUACAACCGGUCGGGCUACGACGCCCUCCAGGCCCAGGCCGCCAACUUCCCCGUCCCCGUCUUCUUCUCCGAGACGGGCUGCAACGUCCCCGGCCCGCGCCUCUUCGACGACCAGCAGGCCAUCUUCGGCCCCGAGAUGGCCCGCGACUGGAGCGGCUCGCUCGUCUACGAGUGGAUCGAGGAGCGGAACCACUACGGCCUCGUCAGCUACGGCCCGCCCGCCGCCCCCGACGUCCCGCCCGCGACCAACGUCUGGGACGGCUUCACGCGCAGGGGCACCCCGACGCCCAUCCAGCCCGACUUUGCCAACCUCAAGGCCCAGUGGGGCCGCAUCCCGCCGCCCACCGCCGCCGUCGCCCGCGCCGACUACUCGCCCUCGCCCUCCACCCGCCCCUGCCCGGCCGCGACCCCGGGCGGCUGGCUGGUCGACGGCAACGCCCCCUUGCCCGCCCUGGCCGAGGCUCCCGGGGGGCCCCUCCUCCCCCGCCCCGACCACCCCCGGCGGCCCGGACACUGCUGCCCCGACCCCGGCACCGCCCGCGACCACGGCGGUGCUGCCCCGCCGCCCGGGGAGUUUACCGGUAUGACUGCCGCCCUCGCCACUCUCAUGCUGCUCUUUGUCCUGUGGGGUUGA